CCGCAGACCCCGACUGGGCCUCUUACAAGCUGGGCGUCUUCAUCUGCCUGAACUGCUCCGGCGUCCACCGGAACUUCCCAGACAUCAGCAAAGUGAAGUCCCUGAGGCUGGACUUCUGGGACGACAGUGUUGUGGAGUUUAUGACCCACAAUGGGAACCUCCGUGUGAAGGCCAAGUAUGAAGCCAGAGUCCCCGCUUUCUAUUACAUCCCUCAGGCCAGCGACUGCCUGUGAGGUCUUAAAGGAACAGUGGAUUCGAGCUAAGUAUGAGAGACAGGAGUUUAUGGCCGAUGGGAAAACCAUCUCACUCUCAGGUAACCGGGAAGGGUUCCUGUGGAAGCGGGGCAGGGACAACGCGCAGUUCCUGAGGAGGAGAUUUGUCCUGUUGGCAAGAGAAGGCCUUCUGAAGUACUACACUAAGGAAGAGGGUAAAAGCCCCAAAGCUGUCAUCCACAUCAAGGACCUGAAUGCCACCUUCCAGACGGAGAAGAUAGGCAACCCCCACGGGCUGCAGAUCACCUACCGGAGAGAGGGCCACAUCAGGAACCUGUUUGUGUAUCACGAAAGCGGCAAGGAGAUAGUGGACUGGUUCAAUGCCCUCCGCGCAGCCCGUCUGCAAUACCUAAAGGCGGCCUUUCCUGAGCUCCCAGAGUCUGAGCUCGUGCCCCUCAUCACCAGGAACUACCUCAAACAAGGCUUCAUGGAAAAGACUGGUCCAAAGCACAGAGAACCUUUCAAGAAAAGGUGGUUUGCCCUGGACCCCCAGGAACGGAGGCUGCUCUAUUACAAGAACCCACUGCUGCAUCAACAGAGAGUGGCCACAGCAGCAGGUGACCCGCUGGCUAAGGAACUGGCUGGCCACGGGCCAUGGGAGCUCUUGGUGGGAAGGAGACGUUCUCAGCUCGGCCUUGGUUACCCAGCAGGAGUGCCCCGUAGUUGGCAGCCAUCACUGGCAGUGAACUCUGCCAAGACUAAAGCUUUGGCCUUUACCCACCGGCUCCCUGGGCCUCACCACGGCCCAGUCUUAAAGUCCAGGACAUCUCCAGUGAAGGCACUGCAAUGGGAAGGCGCCCACAGCAUCACUCAAGUGGCACGCUGGCCCCAAAACAGUUUAAUCCGACUCAACCAUGAGGAAAUAGACAUAUCUAUUCUGUAAAACAGCUGGUCUGGACUCCUCAGUGUCAACAUCGUGACAGAGAGAGUGGUGUGCGAACUGUUCUAGUUACAGGCGACUAGAGAGCAACGCUAGGCAAUGUGUUUUUCUUGAUUGGAUCCUGGAUUUUAAAAAAACAGCACAAAGGACAUAAAUUUAAAUAUGGAUGUGUAUUAGCCAACAGUAUUAUAAGACUGUGAUAAUGAUGUAUUUGUGGAGGAGAAUGCUCUUGUUCUUAGGGGAUAUGCAUUGAAGUGGCCAGGAGUAAAAUAUAACAAUUUUCAGUCUACAACUGACUCAGCAAAAAAUAA